UUCCUUUUAGAGUUGUAUAUUUUCCCGGUAGGUGGUUUCUUCUUCAUGCAAGGCCGAGAAAUUUUCAAACCCAUUUUCAAUUUAUCUAGACCGCCCAAGCGAUCAAAAACAAAGUCGCGGUUGUUUAUUAAAGAAUAAAUAUCAGUUUAAAAAAUUAUUUUGUAAUUUAGAAUUAAAUAAUAAAGAAAACAAUUGUAAAAUCUAGUAGAUCAAGCGAGGGGUCGUCGUUAAAAUUUAACGUUUCAUCGGAAUACGUAUGUUUUCGUUGGUGUUACGUUUUAAGAAAAGUUUUUCAUCUUGGGUGGUCUGUUUUUGUAAAUGACUAAGUGUGCUCUGAUCUGUUGUUAGUCAUGGACCGAUCAAGUAAACGUCCUGCUGCUUGCUCAUCUUCGUGGGCACAGAAGAAAAAGCACAGUAGAGAUACGCCUGUUUCGGAAUUUAAAGAAGAAAAUUUUAGUCAGAUAACUGAUUCAUUAAAGAGUGGGACAUUUUGUUUUUAUGUUGUGACAUUCUGCUGAAAGAUUCUCCUGACGGGAGGUACAAAAUUCUUAUUGUUUGUUGUAUGGACGUAUCCUGUUUUUUUUUUCAAGUUGACGGCCAUGAGCAGCAAAGGGGAAGAGUAUUUCGGUUUGUUAGAGGUACAGUUUAAAGAAAUAGUAUUGUUUGUCUGUUGUUGUAAUGACUGUUCUUUUUAUUUAGAUUAGAAAAAGCUAUAUGUUAAAAAUGGAAUAGUUGUUAGGAAAUGUGGCCGUGAGUCAAGUUAUUCGUGGAUGACUGAAAAUCAAUUUGAUUUGAAAACUGAUGCUCAUUGCAGUAUCACCUUGAAUUCCAAAGGAGGUGUACCUGACAUGGUGUAUACGUUUGUGUCGUUGGAAAGCAUUGCAUCAAUCAAUGAUGGCCAAGUAAUAGAUACAUUUGGAUAUGUUUGUGAUAUCGGUGGCAUGACUACCAGCGUUGUUGAUGAAUCGUUUGGUGAUUACAUGUUGGUGAACAUGACUAUUGGCUGUACCAAUGAAACCCGAUUGCUUAUUUCAGGCAUGGGUUUCCGUCAUGGACAUUGGUUUGGGCGAUCUGGAAUUCAGGAAGAUUCAAUUGUGAUUAUCAAAGGGUGAAGAUUGAAAGGCGAGUGGAAGGUAGUGUUGGUGAUACUGAUGUUGAUACAUCGAUAUAUCGCUGAAUCGGCAUCGUUGGACUGAAUAUCAAGAAUCAACAUAUAUCCUGGUGUGACAUUGCAUUUUGUCAUUGAUGAGAUGGCCGAUGUUGCGCUCGCUACUGCAGAAAAUCUUCCCACAAAUUUAAUUGGGUUUUGAUAUCCGGGAUGGUUUAAUUUUCCAAAUAAACCAUCGCUACUGCAUCGAAAAAAACAAUUUAUUAUAAAUUUAGUCUUGUACAUUAAUAUUUCUAUACUAAUUUGAUUGUCAGAAUGACUUCUCAAGAUAUUCUAAAGCUUUUUCGUUUGGGGGUUCACGAAUACCGUAAAAUCUUGUACAAGUAAACACCAAAUUAUGCUCUCUCGUUUGGUUUCUUCACCAAAGUAUGUAUACUUAUGUUUGGGUUUCACAGUAUUCGAAAAAAUAC